UUCUGAAACAAUCAAGAAGAGGAAGUGUAAUUAAUGACCAUCUUGGGUUUUGUUUUCAAUUAUUAGCCAGGGAAAUAGAUUUGUUGUUGAUUCAGAAAGUGAUGAAAAAGCAAAAAGAUUUUAAAAAUUGUUUUUCUUUCCACGAGAAAAAAUGUCACCUUCUGCUUCUGCCUCUGUGACCCAAAAAGCAAGGCUCCACGUUAAGAGAACCCCCAAAGUUAAACCUGAUUACAACAUGAAACAUGAGGGUUAGGACCUUAAAGGAGAUCUCAGGAUCAAAUUAGUCCAUUAAUUAGUUUGGAGAGUAACACAUUUGUGAUGCUGAAACAUUUUUGUACCCUCUUUUCUCAGUUAAUGGAUCAAAUGCUGGGCUUUUGUUUGGUUCACACUCAACCCCACAGCAUCGCUGUCAGACUGAGAAUGCUGCCAAACACUAUUUCAUCACAAACAUGGUCAGCGAGCAGUUAAUGCAACCGGAUUGGCAGUUCGCUCUGGGACGGGAUGAAUUUUUUUCAUGCGUACACAUUAUCAAAAGAGCCGGUAUUUCCAGUCCGAGCCCUCACAACCAGCUUGACAUUGAGGCCAACGCGAGUGCUGAUCCUUCCAAGAGAGGCUCAUCUGAACAGAUGAACGUGGCUAUCCUGAUCACUGUCAUGUCCACUCUGGCCCUCGCUCUGAUCCUGGACGGGGCAGGAGCCUACAAUUGUCGUCCGUGUCAGAGGAACUAUGACAACAACGCCUACAACAACUUUGUUAGGAAGCACAUCCUUCAGGAGUCCUUCGACAGAAGAUCAAAAUCCGAAUGGGAGGGGUACAUUGACAGAAGGGGGCUCUGUGACAGACCUUAUCAGACCUUCAUCAGGAGUCAGGACAAGAGAAGUGUUGAGCGGAUCUGUAAUGGAGGAGGCAGGCAACGGAGCAACAACCUGUGCACCAGUACUUCCAGUAUACGGGUUUAUGAUAUCAGUGUUCGCCCGAACGACUGCAAACUUAGC